AGAAAUUUUCUCUUAUCUGUGAAUCACAUUUCAAUCUCUAAAUCUUUUGUGUUCAGUAAUUUUGCAAGGUAUAGCAACCAAAGAUCGUCAUGGCAACGAUAGCAGCUAAUCUAAGCAGAAGAUUAGAAGGAAAGGUUGCCAUAAUCACAGGUGGGGCAUCAGGAAUUGGAGAAGCCACAGUUGGGCUGUUUACAAAACAUGGAGCCAAAGUGAUCGUGGCUGACAUUAGUAAAAAGGUUCCUCAAUCUUUUUCCCCAGAUGUCACAUACGCCCAAUGUGAUGUGAGCAGAGAAGAAGAUGUGAGUGCAGCUGUGGAUUUGGCCAUGGAAAAGCAUGGUAAACUGGACAUUAUGUUUAAUAAUGCAGGAACCGUUGAUAAGAAAAAUAGCAAGGCGAUGGAGUAUGACAUGGAAGAGUUUCAGCGUGUGAUGAAUGUAAACAUAAAAGGAGUAAUGCAUGGAAUUAAGCAUGCAGCGCGCGUUAUGGUCCCAAGGAAAAAUGGGUGCAUAAUUUCUACAGCUAGUAUGGCAGGAAUAGUGGGUGGACUGGGUCCUUAUGCAUACACAUCUUCUAAGCAUGCAAUCAUAGGCCUCACCAAACAAGGAGCGGCUGAGAUGGGGAGAUAUGGUAUCAGAGUCAAUUGUGUUUCUCCAGCUGCCCUGGCCACAGAUAUUACAUUACAAUUCUUUGGAAAGGAUAAUCCCAUGAGUCUAGAAGAGAUCAGGGCCAAUUGGGAGGCGUUUUGUGACAAGGUAGCCAAUUUAAAGGACCAUACUCUUAGGGCACAAGAUAUUGCAGAGGCUGCUUUGUAUCUGGCCAGUGAGGAAUCUAAGUUCGUAAGUGGCCAUAAUCUUGUGGUAGAUGGAGGGAACUCAGUAGUAAACCAUGAUUUGGGUCUCUAUCAGUGAUAACAUUUCAUUUUGACAGCAAGCUUCUCUCUUUUAAAAUAAAACUCAAAAAUUGGAAGACUAUUUGAGAAGUGAUAUGUGAGCCUCACUACCAUGCACACUGUUCACUCCAGUGAUCCUCAUCCAGUUACGCACGCCAUUCACCAUGUGCAAUUUUAUUUAAUAGUUAGUGUGCAUAUGGUUGAUUCUUAGAUGUAUGUGUCGAUUUGCAUGUCAAAUUCAUUAAGGAAAACACUGUAGUUUACUGUCUUUAUUUGGACAAUGUAAUCUUAUUGAAAGUAGCCUGCAAUAAAUGAGAAUGACCUCGAUUGAGGCAUAAUGUAAUAGAGUUCGAGAAGUUUGAAUGAAUAAAAGAGUCUUUGUGUUA